AUUUUCAGCUGUUGGAAAACAUGGCUGAUGAAUUAAGUUUCGGUUCGGUGCCCCCAUACUACCGCGAAGUCUACGACAUUGUUUGUCCUGAGCAGGAUCGAAUUGAUCGAGAUCUCUUUGUCAAAAUCCUAAUCAAGUCGAGCUUACCCAAGAAUACCCUUAGCACGAUAUGGGAUUCUGUAGAUAGCAAGCAAGGCUUCAUUACGAGAGGAGGGUUGUAUAAAGCUCUAGCUCUCACAGCUCUAGCUCAGCAAGGGAAGCAACCGAAUGUUAAACUCUUGGAAAACUACACAGGCCAAGAGCUUCCCAAGCCCUCUCUUGGUGACCUGUCAGAUUUGAAGACGUUAAGUCAACAUGUGAGAAGGGAAAGAGCGCCUAACAUCCUAAACUACAACUAUGCCGAACUGAGUGCACUUGAUCAUGUAACGGUUGAUCUCAUACCUGAGAAAAAGGGUCUGCUUCUCAAACACGUCGAGUAUGAAGUAUCUAGUAGAAUGUACAAAUCAACAGUGUUUAGGAGAUACAGUGACUUUGCAGCAAUGAGUGAUAUGUUGAUUAACUGCUAUCCUUACAGAAUGGUGCCCCGUCUCCCUCCUAAAAAGAUGCUAGGAGCAAAUCGUGAGUUCAUUGAGCAGAGGAGAAAAUCUUUGGUCAGGUUCUUAACACUAGUCGUCAGACAUCCUACGUUCCAUCGAAGCGAGGUUGUUAGGUACUUCCUUACAUUUUCAGGAUCAGACAUGCAACAUAGAAUCAAGGAACAGUUUAGAGGUAUACCUGAUGAAUUUGUUACCAGCAAGCUAGCUGCCCAGGCCAAGGAUCUAGUGCCAAUGGAUACACAAGUACAGUUUGGCAAUAGCAGAGAACAGAUAAAGAGUCUCUUCAAUAGUAUGAAUCUCAUUAAAGGAUUUGUGGAUCAAAUUACAAUGAGAGCAAUGGGUAAUGCAGCCGAUACCCUAUCGUUCGCCAAGGAGCUGAGCAGCCUGGGAGGAGACUCACAGCCGGCGUCGGCCUGGGCGAUGGGUCACAACGACUCCUGGCCUCAUCUGAAGAACGGUCUCAAGUCAGUAGCCGUUGAGUUUGCUUCUCUCUCAGAUAAAUACAUGACCCAGGGAAAAAGGCUAAGUGAAGGUGUGGUUGAAAAGUUCUGGUUGUUCCUUGAUCUGCUACAAGCUUACAAGGACCUGUGUGAGAGACAUGAGAAGGGAGUGCUGAGGGAUCAUCAGAAUGCUCUUCAGAAGAUGGCUGCCAUCAAGAAAAAGAAGAUGUCUGCCACAAUCAAAGGCGGAGAAUAUGUCAAUGAAGUUGAACAACUCGAAUCUAGAAUUAUUGAGCAAGAAAGUCAAAUCAUGACGAUGGAGAAUAGGAACUUCUUCUCACUGCACUGCCUUCAAAUGGAGACCCAGCUCAUACAUGCCAACAUGCCUCUCAUUGCUGAUGUCAUGCAUACCUUUGCAGAAGCCGAGGUCAACAGUCAAAAAGAGCUGCUUCAGGUAUGGCAAGACAGCCUUGACAAAGUUGAGAAGCACAUGUCGCCCACCAAGCCGUCCUCCUCGCCCAACUCAUCCUCGGCCACAUUAUGAUAAUCCCACCGCUGCCACCAGUUUCAAGAGGGGGCUUUUUAGUGACAACUGCGACAAAUCCAUGCAUCCUAUUGGCCGAAGGCAAAUUUGUCAGUGAAAAUUCACUGGGGAAGUCGCUUUGUGAAAUGCACUCCUGGGCCCCGUAUUACGAAGGUUUCACGAUUAAUCGCUAAGUUGAAAGAACGAUUAUGAUUGGCUGGCAGUCAGUCUACUGAGAUAAAUUCUCAUGCAACAGUGAUCUUGAUAGGACGUUUCAUUUCGCGAUUAAUCGCUAACCUUCGUGUUACGGGGCCCAGGGGAGCAUUUCAUGAAACAAAUACAUGUAGUUGUUUUAAGCUACUGAAAUCCAUGCUUCUAAUUGGCUGAAAGCAAAUUUGUCAAUGAAUAUCGACUGAGGAGAUGCACUUUUUAGGAGCAUUUCGUGAAACAAAUACUUCACUGACAUAUGUUGUAAGCUACUGAAAUACAUGCAUCUGAUUGGUCAAGAGCAAAUUUGUAAAUGAAAAGUCACUGGCAUGUUAAUUCGUGAAUAUACUCUCCUGAAAUCCUGAUGACUUUAAUUGAAUAUAUUAAAAGAAGUUGCAUGGGAAUAAAGAUUUUGAAAAAUAAUACCUUUUCUGAGUUUUUCAAUCAACAUGUAACUUCUCAAAUUCCCAAGCAGUCAUUUGCAUGCAACAUUUGGAGUUGGACUGAAAUGCCAGGCGGGAAUUUACUUAUGGAUAAUACAGAAUCAUCAUUCAUUUUGUUCAUUUGUAGCCCAAAUCAAUCUUAAUCUUCAUACUUUCUGUAUGAUGGAUACCAGACAACAAGGCAGUGUUUCAUGAGGGAAGUUGACAGCAAUUUUCACCUAUUGUUAUAAGCCACUAAAAUCCUCCCAUCUGAUUGGCUCAGAGCAUGUAUGCUUGUGAAAUUCACUGACGAAACUCUGAAUGACAUGCUUCCGUUUUCAUGAAACCUGAAUAAAUCUAGAUAUUACCUAAUUACAUAGGCCACAAUACACAAUAUUACCGGACGUGACAUGGAUUCAUGAAAAUGGGUUCCGAUCAGUAAGAUUAGACAUGAUUCUGUUGAUUAAUGCUCAGGGUCUUGUUUGAUUAAACAGCAUUGAUAUCUUUUUUUUUACUGCAUGCAUGAAUGAUUGGUUAGGGUGUCUCUUGCCUAUAUAAGAUUAUGAAAACCAGAGUUUCAUUCUGCAUAGAAAUUAAAUACUUUCCUUGGGAGCUGCAAUUGGUGUUUUCUUUGGCCUUUUGCAGUGGAUGUGAUCCAAUUCAAAUUUUGUUUUUUCAUUUGUUUUAAGUCUUGUGAUGGAAGUCCUCAAUACCCUCUUGAAUACACAAUAAUGGUUAUUAAUAUUAUUUGUUAUGUUUGUGACUUAGUUUAAACAAGCAUUGCUAAAAAUUCUAUGAUUUAUUUUCUCACCUUCAUGUAGGUCUUUGUUGACAUUUAAAAAUGCAUGAUUCAAUUAUUUGGUUUUAUGAAAUUUUCACUAUUUUUCCACUGAAAUUAAGUGUAUUUUAGUAAAAAAUAAAAGGCCAAUCCAAAUCCUAAGCAUUUUGAAGAAGAGAGAAUAAAAAUCAAUGGAGAGAAAUUGAAAAAAAAAGUAAAUGGCAGGUGAUCAAGCUUUUCUUUGUUCAUGGUUCAUUUUCUUGCUCAGGACUUUUACCCUACUUAAAUGCAGCACCCAAUUUAUACAUUUACCAUGAAAAUUAAUAUGACACAUCUUGUUAGCACUCUUCAGUUCACUUUUAAUGUUUUUGUUUUUCUGGUCCCACAUUGUUCAUGAUCACUGAAGUAAAAAUUUGUCAUGUAUGUCAAGUAUCGAAUACAUCGUCAUGAUGAUGGUCCUUCGGGGCUCACUUGCACUGGGUUGCGCAAUAUUGCAUAUUUUGGUACACAUUUUUUCCACCAAAUUGAUAUCCCGAUAAACAUAUUAUAUCAGCCUCUUAAAUAUUUAAUGUUUACAAGUUAUUGAAUGGAGGUGUAUUCCUUUGCUUAGGAAAACGUAAUUAUUGCAUUUAGAUGUUAAAUGGUCGAAAGAGUCAACACUUAUUAGACACUUUCUUUUGGAGACUGAAUAUUGGUUUAGGGCCAGAAAACAAUUAUAUUUUAGGGAUUACUAUUACUUUUUACAUCCUACUACCUUAAUCUGCAACAUUAGAUGAGCUUUAACAUUGCGGUGAAUGGGGAUUUUCUGAGUCUCUUUUUUUUUAUUUUCAAGUGUUCUUUAUUACAUUAUUACAAUAACGUUAAGGACAGUUAACAUCAUGAAUAAGAAGCAUAAACAUAAAGAGACAAUUUAAUCCAUGAAGUUUUUAGCAUGCAAAAUUCUUCCAUCAUUUUAUGGGGGGGGGGCAGGCAUUUCAUAAAUAUUUCUUUUGUCGCUGAUUCCCCUUGCAACUGUUAUAAGCUACUGAAAUCUGCCUCUGAUUGACUGAGAGCAGUGAAUGCCACAGUCGUCAUGUUUUGUGAAAUACUCUCUAGGUUGACCCCACCCCCUUUUUAUAUCUCUCAUAUUUUUCAAAGGUGAUGGAUUGUAAAUGAUGAUAUAUUGAGAAUAUAUAUCUAUCUGUAAAUGAAUCCUUUAUUAGAUAUACACGAGUGACAUGUGCUACAAAGGAAUAUAAUGUAAGGUCAUCUUGUCCGCAGACAUAUACUUACAUCAAUGGGUGUUUAGUCAUAAAUCUAUUUGAGAUAUGACAAUGUUUUUUGCUAUCCUGCCACAUGAUUUAUUCAUUUAUGACUUGAAUGAAGCAAUAUUUUGAACAAUGUCUAAAGAAUAUGUAUGAAGAAAAACUUUUUUUCAUUUGUUCAUGGAAGUGACUAAAUAUGUAAAUAGAAUGAAUUAUUACAUGUAGAUUAUAUGGACAAUAUUAUUUGUGAUAAGGCAUUCCUACAUAGUUUAUGUAUAAAGCAUUUAUAUUUUCUCUAUAUCAACGACCCUCUCAUUCCCCUUCUCUCUGUCAAACAUCUUGUUUUGUUUCUCUUUGAAAAUAUCCAUCUUCAUCUAUGCCAUGUUGUGAAAUGUGUGAAGUGACCCGAUUAUAAAAAAUUAUUUAAAAAAUCAUUGCUGUAGUGGGGGUUUUAUACCACACUUAUGUUACAAUCUCUCAAUCUAUCUCGAUGCUGGCACAGAUGGUGUUUUGAAACUACCGUCAUGAACAGCAGCAGAGGGGGGUGUUUCUCAAAGAUUUAAGUAUGCGCAUUGCUAAACAUGAUUUUGACUUGUGGUAGCAUUCUAAAGUUUCAGUCACUAAAAUUCUUUUUUUUUAAAUCUGAAAUUAUGUGUUGUUUUUUAUUCUCUUUAUUUUAUUAAACAAAAUCACUUCUGAAAUUAUGUGUUGUUUUUUUAUUCUCUUUAUUUCAUUCAACAAAAUUAGGCUGAAAGAACAAAGAGAAUAUAAAUUUUGGCAAUUUAACCUAUUAUUACUCAGUCAAUAAUCUUCAUAGCACAAUGCGAUAUGUAAAAGAGCGGAGGAUCUAGAACAAUAAUUUAGUCCUCCCCAGGUGAUAUGCGGCCUGAAACAAAGUUUGGUAAUUUGUAGUUUUAAUUUCACAUGAUCGUCAAUAUAAUCAAUCAUUAAAAUCAGCUUGCUGAUCAAGCGCCAAGUUUUGUUUUGCAAGGCCCAGGGAGGCUUUUCAUAAAGCUGUUCGAAAGUUACGAGGAAUUUACAAAUGACUGGUGCCCCUUACUUUGCGACAUAUUAUCUCAGUUUUAACAUAAUAGGAGCGCCUUGAGCACCUAACAAGGUAGAUAUGUGCACAAUAUAAAUACCCUAUGUUAGUAUAAUGGGGGUUCAUAUUUCCUAGAACCCUCAUCAAAGUAUUGCAUUUUCCAUUGAAAUACAUUGUUAUAUGUGAUGUUCUUGAUCUAAAGAGAUCAGAUUUCAAUUUUAGCUGAGGGAAUCAAAAUGAAUUGAGAAUGUGACUUGCAUCUAACCAGGAAUUUCCAAUCGUUCGUAAAGUUCAGGUAAUGUUUACAAGCCGCUUUAUGACACGCCUCCCUGGUUAUAAGGGAUUGGCUACCUAACCAAAAAAUUGGUCGUUGCCAGGUUAGGUAAUGCAUGAAUUUGCAUUGAUUAUGUGAAUUCCAUUCCGGCGAACAUUAUUGUUUCAUUAUUCAACUAGUCGGAAUGAGCCUUUGCACCCCUCCACUGUGCCUUAUUUGUUUUAUUAUGUCAGUCCAUACUUAUUAUUAUCUUGUUGCAGACUUAUAUCUGGUAGUGACAUAUUGAAAGUCCAGUACACUUGAUUAAUAUGUUAUUUUCAGUGGAAUGGGUCCGUUUAUCUUAUUGAAUUUUACCUCAUUACAGAGUAUAUAAAAUUUAUUUUGAUAAUAUACAUCAUCAAGGACAUUAGUAGUAAUUACAUGCACAAGAUACCUUAAGAACAGCUCUGAAUUGUUGCAAUGGUAGCGAAUGUGUGUAAUUAUUUCAAUGUCUGAGCAAAUCGAUGUGUACUAAAUGAUUUAUAAGAUAGUGAUGUGGAUCCUUCCUAUUCGAUGAAUCAUCCUCGUCUCAAAACCAUUACCAGUCGGUAGAUAGUACUGGUCAGUAGCACAUUUUCUCUAGCUAAAAAUAGAUGACUGGUCAUGUGAUUGAUUUUAGCCAAUCACGUGAUUAGGAUCCAAAUUACCAUUUGAUAAUAAAUUCUAUUUCUUCUUUUCCGCGAUGUAAAUAUGUCAUUCCAUAUUUUUUAUGAUCUGAAUGGAACAUAUUCGGCUACAUCACAUCAUUUAAACCAAAGUCUUGCUCAUUGAAAUGUUAUUUUUCUGUUGUAAAUGUUUGUAUAUUCAAAAAUUGUUUUGUAUAAAUGGAUAUGGAAAGAUUUAAGGUUUAUCUUUUUUUUGUUAGCUUAGUCUGUUUAGAAAGGGGAGGGGUUUACACUGGUAGGGCAAGAAUAAAUGUAUGUUUCAUCAAGCAUUAAAAAAAAACUUCUAAUAUUAUGCAAAUUUACUUAAAAUCAUGUAAUAAUGUUGGCAAAAUUACUUUUACAUCAGUCAACUUUAAAAAAAUAAUUUAAGCUAUAAUUCAAUUGAUGCAAUAAAAAUAAUGCAACUAUUAAAUCAUAUUUUGCUCAUCAUAACACCACAUCAUCCAUGAUUUCAUGUAUUCCAGUUCAUUAAUGAGCUAAAUGAAAUUGAUUGAAUUUCUAUCGAUUUAGUAUUUUUUUUUUUUUUGCAAGCCAGUAUUUGAUUCCUCUUGCCAGUUGAGUUUCAUCUUGUGUAGUUCUCAUUAUGAAUGGAUUAUGCUUUUCAUGAAAUGAAUUUUAUUUCUUUUCUCACUAAACAAAUCUGCAGUUAUUUGUAUGUAAAACCCUUUUUUAAAUUCCAGCAAAUAUAUAUAUAUUUUUUUCAACAUUUAUGUUAUUUUUUAUCGAGAUUCUUUUGGAAGUACAAUAGUCAGUUGAGUGUUCUUUACUCAAGAGCAAAUAUGCCAAUGAUGUAAUCCACAAUUACCAACCUAUGUCCUUGUUAUAUACAUUAUUUUUCAUCACCAGAACUUUAUGUUGGCAACAUUUCACUGUCUUGUGCUAUCAUUUUUUUCUUUAUUGUUUUAAACAAUGUUUCCAUGCCUACAGAGAUUGACAUUAUAGCUUUCAUUGCACAUUUUAGAGAUGGACAUAUUGCAAUAGCUGUUUAUUUUAUGAUGCAACUAGGGGGGGGGGUAGGGGAGAGGGGGGAAUCCAUGAAAUGUUUUUUUUUACAUUUUAAUAUAAAGAAAGGGCUGAUUAUAUCAUGCUGAAAUCACUAUUCUCUUAUCUGUUGUGUCACUUACCUACAUUUCUUUUGUUGAUUGAAUGUUGAAUGAUUUGUAUGUAAUGAAAGAUUGUAUCCUUUAUCUAUUAGAGUUUGGAUUUAUUUUGUUUUUAAAGAGGUAGCUUUAUUUAACUUUCCUGUCUUGUAAAGCAUGUAGAGAACACAAAUACUUUAUAUUUACUACUUUUGUAAUGAUUUAUGCAUCAUUCAUUUUCAUACAACAUGAGCUCAACCACCAAUAGAUGUGGUUUCCAAGACUUUUGCCAUGAAUUAUAUGUAUAUGAUUCAUUACGGAAAUGCCAAUAAAAGAUUAUUAUAGUUAUG